AUGGCAAAAGCAGAAAACCUGUCCUCUGUGUCUAUAUUUCUGGUCGUAGGUCUAUGUGACAGCGAAGAACCUCAAUUUCUGCUCUUCCUCGUCUUCCUUGGCAUCUACCUGAUCACAGUUGUUGGCAAUAUUGUAAUUUUAAGUGUCAUCUCCUCUGACCAGCGUCUACACACCCCCAUGUACUUCUUCUUAGCCAACCUUUCCAUUAUUGACAUCAUCUUCUCAUCCACCACAGUCCCGAAGCUUCUGUUCAUUCUGGUCACUGCUCAGAAGGCCAUUUCUUUCUCCAGUUGUGUCACCCAAUUAUCAUUUUUCCAAUUCUUUGUGGUGGCGGAGUGUUACCUUCUUGCCGUCAUGGCUUAUGAUAGAUUUGUGGCCAUCUGUUUCCCGCUGAACUACACCCUAAUCAUGAGCCGGGAAGUGAGGUUCAGAAUGGUCCUUGGUUGUUGGGCUUGUGGUCUAGUUAACUCAGUGGUCCAAGCCAUUUCAAUUUCCUGUCUUGACUUUUGUGGUCCGAAUAAAGUUGACCAUUUCUUCUGUGACGUUACUCCUCUGUUCAAGUUGUCUUGCUCUGACACCCGACUUGGUGAAGCCGUAUUUUUAAUUGUGGUGGUGCUUGCUGGGAUGGGACCACUUACUUUCAUCUUGGUCACCUAUGGCCGGAUCAUUGCUGCGGUUACGAAGAUUAGCACCAGAAAUGGUCGUAUUAAGACCUUCUCUACAUGCGCCUCUCACUUCACAGUGGUGGCCCUAUACUAUGGCAGCGGGAUCUUCAGUUACAUCUGGCCCUCCUCUACCUACGCCAUGAACAAAGACGUUAAGGUGGUAGCUGUGCUCUACACUAUCAUGACUCCCAUGUUGAACCCCAUUAUUUACAGCUUGAGAAACAGGGAGGUAAAACGGGCACUGAAGAAGAUGCUGGGGAGCAAGGGAAUAAGAUUUUGA